AUGCCUAUCCCCGUCCCCUCCGCCAACUCCCUGACCGACCUCCUCAGCCUCAAGGGCAAGGUCGUCGUCGUAACGGGCGCCUCCGGCCCCCGCGGCAUGGGAAUCGAAGCCGCCCGCGGCUGCGCCGAAAUGGGCGCCAACAUCGCCCUCACCUAUGCCUCGCGUCCUCAAGGCGGCGAAAAGAACGCAGAAGAACUCAAGAAAACCUACGGCGUCGAAGCCAAGGCCUACAAAUGCGACAUCGGCAACAUGGAGAGCGUCCAGAAGCUCGUUGACGACGUGAUCAAGGACUUUGGACAGAUUGACGCCUUCAUCGCCAACGCUGGUCGUACCGCUGACGGCGGCGUCUUGGAGUCCACUGUCGAGGCGUGGAUGGAGGUCGUGCAGACGGAUCUCAACGGAACCUACCACUGCGCUAAGGCCGUGGGGCCACACUUUAAGAAGCGGGGCAAGGGCAGUCUGGUCAUCACGGCCAGUAUGUCCGGUCACAUUGCCAACUUCCCGCAGGAGCAGACCUCCUACAAUGUGGCUAAGGCUGGGUGUAUCCACAUGGCACGUUCGCUGGCGAAUGAGUGGAGAGACUUUGCUCGUGUGAACAGUAUCUCGCCUGGUUAUAUCGAUACGGGAUUGUCGGAUUUCGUGGACCAGAAGAUUCAGGAUCUCUGGUUGAGUAUGAUUCCCAUGGGUCGGAAUGGUGAUGCAAAGGAGUUGAAGGGUGCUUAUGUGUACCUGUGCAGUGAUGCCAGUUCGUACAUGACUGGUAGUGAUCUCCGUAUUGAUGGUGGUUACUGUGUGCGGUAA